AUGUCGUCCGCUGGUGAAAGCAGUGACACAGAAUCCUCUAGCUACCUCUAUCAAUACGUUCCAUCCCUUGCCGCAGCAGCUGUCGCCAUCGCCAUCUUCGCCAUUCUUACCAUAGCCCAUUUUUAUCGUCUAAUCAAGCAGAGAGCAUGGUUCUGUAUCGCUUUUGCUGUGGGCGGCCUAUUCGAGACAGUCGGCUAUGUAGGUCGCGCGAUAGGGCAUUCGAACAAAGAUGAUAGAGACCCGUUCAUCGUCCAGUCGAUCCUAAUUCUCGUCGCACCGGCGCUUUUCGCAGCCACGAUCUACAUGACCCUCGGACGUUUGAUACGAGCCACUAAUGGUGCAAAGUAUUCCAUCAUCCGAGUGACCUGGAUGACCAAGAUCUUUGUUGUUGGUGACGUUCUAUCAUUCUUCAUCCAAGGUGGAGGCGGCGGUAUUAUGGCUAGUGGAGAUCCUGAAAAGCUUAAGCUGGGUGAGAAGAUUAUACUGGGCGCCUUAUUUCUCCAGAUCAUCAUGUUCGGCCUCUUUGUUCUGGCCUCGAUCAUUUUCCAUUACCGCAUGCGCAAACAACGCACUCCACAAUCCUAUGACCCCGACUUGAAGUGGGAGACGACGCUCUACGUUCUCUACGCCGUCAGUGCCAUCAUCAUGAUUCGAAACAUCUUUCGUGCGGCGGAAUAUGCCGGAGGUCAUAACGGUGCCUUGCUUCGGGUGGAAUGGCCGAUCUAUGUGUUUGACGCAUUGUUGAUGGCGCUUACUAUGGUUAUUUUCUACUGGAGAUAUCCGCCGGCCAAGCAGCUUAAAGUUUGCAAAUCCGAAUUCAGCAUUGAGGUGCCACGAGCGCAGAUGGUUGAUGCGUCUGGAAGGUUCAAGGAGGAAAUAUCGCCAGAGGCAGGGCAUUAA